CCUCCUCCUCCUCCUCUUCCCUCUCCUUCGCGGGGGGCCAGGCGCGCGCCCACCCUGACAACAACCCAAACAAACGCGGCGAGGAGGAGGAGGAGGAGGAGGAGGCGAGCUGAGCGGAGGAACAGCCCCUGAAAAAGGCGGCGGAGGAAGAGGAGAAGGAGGCGGUGGCGGCGGCAGGAGAAGCGGGGGAUUCCGGGAUGCCUUUGUGCUUCCCCCUCCGCCUGGGUUUAUGCUGAACGGGGUCUUUCCGAGGAAGCUUCGGGAAUGGAGGAAUUUCCCUGAAGAAGACCCAACUUGACUUACACAAGUUUGUUCUCCUUAAGAUUCUGGCUUUGCUGCUUCAUCCUUGUCAGGAUGGCCGAAAAGGCUGCUCCAGGGAUGAACAAGAAGUCCUCGAGGUCUACCCAGUCUCUUCCACCAGAACCAGUGGAGAUAAUCAGGAGCAAAGCCUGUUCUAGAAGAGUCAAAAUCAAUGUAGGUGGUCUCAACCAUGAAGUUCUAUGGAGGACUUUAGACAGACUUCCACGGACACGAUUAGGGAAGCUAAGAGACUGCAAUACUAAUGAUUCCUUACUAGAAGUAUGUGAUGACUAUAAUCUCAAUGAGAAUGAAUAUUUCUUUGAUAGACACCCAGGUGCUUUCACCUCCAUUUUAAAUUUCUACAGAACAGGAAAGCUACACAUGAUGGAGGAAAUGUGUGCUCUCUCUUUUGGCCAAGAACUUGAUUACUGGGGGAUUGACGAAAUAUAUCUAGAGUCUUGUUGCCAGGCAAGAUACCAUCAAAAGAAAGAGCAAAUGAAUGAAGAACUGAGGAGGGAGGCAGAGACACUGAGAGAAAGAGAAGGGGAAGAAUUCGAUAAUGCCUGUUGUCCAGACAAAAGGAAAAAGCUAUGGGACUUGCUGGAGAAGCCCAACUCAUCAGUGGCUGCAAAGGUUUUGGCCAUUGUCUCCAUCUUAUUUAUUGUACUGUCCACCAUUGCUUUGUCACUCAACACGCUACCUGAACUUCAAGUAAUUGAUGAAUUUGGCCAGCUAAAUGACAAUCCGCAGCUAGCACAUGUAGAAGCUGUGUGUAUAGCUUGGUUCACUAUGGAGUACCUUUUGCGUUUCCUGUCAUCUCCAAACAAGUGGAAGUUCUUCAAAGGUCCAUUAAAUGUGAUUGACUUGCUGGCCAUUUUGCCCUAUUAUGUCACAAUUUUUCUCACCGAGUCCAACAAAAGUGUGCUGCAGUUCCAAAAUGUCCGCCGUGUUGUUCAGAUAUUCCGUAUUAUGAGAAUAUUAAGGAUCCUUAAACUUGCCAGACAUUCAACAGGACUUCAGUCUUUAGGAUUUACCCUCAGAAGGAGUUACAAUGAACUGGGCUUACUCAUAUUAUUUUUAGCAAUGGGAAUUAUGAUCUUUUCCAGUCUUGUAUUUUUUGCUGAGAAAGAUGAAGAUGCUACAAAGUUUACAAGUAUCCCUGCAUCAUUUUGGUGGGCUACCAUCACGAUGACUACGGUGGGUUAUGGGGAUAUUUAUCCCAAAACCUUGCUAGGUAAAAUAGUUGGAGGACUGUGUUGUAUUGCUGGAGUGCUUGUAAUAGCCCUUCCAAUUCCUAUCAUAGUGAACAAUUUCUCAGAGUUUUACAAAGAGCAAAAACGGCAGGAGAAAGCCAUCAAAAGAAGGGAGGCACUUGAGCGAGCAAAAAGAAAUGGAAGCAUUGUUUCAAUGAAUCUAAAAGAUGCCUUUGCUCGCAGCAUGGAACUGAUUGAUGUAGCUGUAGAUUCUGGCAAAACUGAGGAAGCAGCCAAUUCAAAGGAAACUCCUGAUGAUAACCACUUAUCCCCAAGUCGUUGGAAGUGGGCCAGGGGUGCUUUGUCUGAAGCAAGUUCUAAUAAAUCCUUGGACAAUAAAUACCAAGAAAUAAGCCAGCGAGAUUCCCAAGAACAAUUAAACAAUGCUGCAGCAACCUCCAGUCCCCAACACUUGAGUGCUCAGAAACUUGAAAUGUUAUAUAAUGAAAUUACUAAAACUCAGUCUCAGCCUAAUCUUAAUUCACCCUACCAGGACCCAUCAGCACAACCCCUUUAUGAGGAAGAAAUAGAAAUGGAAGAAGUUAUUGGACAAGAUGACCCAUUAGUAUUAGGACCCAGAGAUAUAGUCACUGACAUGAGAAGCACUUCCAGCAUUGACAGUUUUGCCAGCUGUGCAACGGAUUUCACUGAGACAGACCGGUCCCCUCUUCCUCCAUACUCCAGUUCUCACUUACAGCUAAGGUUCCCAAUGGAGCAUGCCCAUUUAGAAGACCAAAGAGCAAGAAGUUCCCAGCUUUUAUCAUUCACAAGAGAUAAAAUGUUUGCACCUAGAGAUGUGACCUUUGACUACAGCCCAGUUGAUACAACCAUGAGCAUGGAUAACACCGGCUCUCAGUUCUUGCUUCAUGGUCAUAUGCACUUUGACAGUUCUAUGGAGAGUCCCAAAAGUUCUCUAAAGGGAAGCAACCCAUUAAAGUCAAGGUCCCUCAAGGUUAAUUUUAAGGAAAGCAGAGGAAAUGCUCCACAAACACCUCCAAGCACUGCAAGGCCAUUGCCAGUUAUGGCAGCUGGUGACUUUAUGCAAUCAACCCCACAACAUAUCAGCACUAUUCUUUUAGAAGAAAAUUCACCACAGGGGGACAGACCCUUGUUAGGUGCCGAUGCACCAUUGGUUAGCCAAGGAACUUCAAAGAAAUCAUCCCCACUUUUUCCAAAGCAACGGCUUUUUACUUUCCCUUCAAAGGAAAGAAGAAGCUUCACUGAAAUGGAUACUGGAGAAGAAGAAGAUUUCAUGGAGAUACCUGGCAUAAGACAUGAUGCGCAGGAAGAUACCAAGGAAAACUACUUUGGGGAUAAACACAAAGAUGGGAACCAUUUAACCGAAGAGUCUCAAGUCAGUUCUUCUUCACCCAAAAGCUUGGGUCACAAUUGUACUCAAGACAUUUAUCGUGUUGGUGAGGAAGUACAAGGGGACAAUAGCCAAGAAGGUCACAAAAUGGAAAACCAUUUGUUUCCCCAAGAAAUCCAUACAAAUCCCGGUGAAACUGAUUUUUGUCCCACACGGGAAACCAGCAUGUGACUAGUUAAGAGAGCAAUAAAUUGCAAAACUCAUUUCUUAAAACCGCAGUUAGUAAUGCCUAUGAACUAAAAGACGGGAAGCCUCAAAAGUACCUAAAAUGUUAUUUUUGCAUGGCAUGAGGAGUUGUUUAGUUUAAAUACUGUUUAAUCUAAAAGUGAAAAAUGCUUUUUUGUAACAAAAAAAGAAAACCAGGAGAAAAAACAAUGCAAGAACAGUGAGUAAAAUAAAGAGCUCUUUUUGGAGCCCAUCUUUCGCUUAUGGUUGUAGAUAAGUUUUUUUUAAAAAAAAUCUUUUAACUUUUUUCCCUCUCAAAUUCUGGAAUUUGCACAUGAAAGGAUGAAAUGUCGAUGCAUGUGUUUAUAAUGAUGUGAAACAAGGUGCUUUGAGCCUGCAAAAUGCAUACGUUUGUAAAUAGUUGGGUUGGUGGGGGAGAUCUAAGGUUAUCAAGGAUCUGUGGAAAACAGGUUUCCUGAGACACAGAUAUUUCCUUCGCAGUCUGCUGCCUGGAGGAUUUGUACAAACUUAUGUUGCAAAAUUGCAACUUCUAAAUGCAUCUCACCUAUCUUGCUUUCUGUUUAAAAGCUCAUCAAUUAUAAGCUGUUUCUUUAAAUAGAUGACACUGUUCCUCAUUAAUCUGUUAGUUCUGACAAUUUUUUAUUUGUAUAGUUUUCACAGAUACACAUACAAGCUUUGAAUAAAAUUCUGUUAAAACUCUGCAAGAUUUAAUGACCAGAAAUUGAAAUUUCAGUAUAAUAACUGCCAAAUAUCAAGACAGACAAGUUCCCAUUAUGUUAUGUAAUAAAACUAUUUUUAUGGCAAUGAAAUGUGCCAAACAGCCAUUAAAGUGAUGGUUUUUUAAUUAAAACAUUUUAUAUUACUAUUGAAAUAACUGAAUGUACUAUUGUUAAAAUCGUACUAUUUUUGGAAGACAGAUUUUGUUAAUGAAUAAUGAACAUUCACUUCUUUGAGAGCACUGUGUCAUUUGCCUAUCAUCUUCCAUAUUUAGGCACUCCAAUUAUAGAUAUUCUCCAUUUCACAAUACCAGUGUGAUGACCCUUUCCUGAGAACAAAGGCAGAAAACACAUGCCCAGAAAUAGUACCACUCUCACAAAACUUGGGCAAGGAUUUGUAAUUUAUCUUUAGUUCCAACUAGAGUAGACCCAUUCAAACAAUAGAUUUACCUAUAAUUUGACUAUCCAUUAGGAUUCAAGUCAAGUUGAACUGAAGAUUUCCAUUAAAUAAUUGCUUUGGGAGAAUUCAUUCAUAUCAAAGCCUAGGUUUAAUUUUUGCAAUUAGCAAAUUUAAAUGUAAAUCAUGACAUUUUCUUCAUGAUAUCUUCUGUCACAAUGUGUUCAGUAUUCAUUACAGGAGAAAAACUCUAAUUUGAAAAUCUCAAUAUAUGACUGGAGCUUUCCAAGUCUGUAUUUUAUUUCACCCAGUUUAUUGAUUACAUUCUGCAGAUUCAAGAUGUGAUCUAUUUUCUAUUUUAAAUCACAAAACGCAGCACUGCACUUUACCCCGAUUCAUCUUUUCUGGUUAAAAAAAGACCCAAAAUAUUUUAAUUGUUUUAUUUGCCAUCAACAUAAAACCUUUCACUGAUUUUGUUGAGUGUAGUCCUUCCAGAAUUUGCACCAAAUAUUUCUCUAUUUGGACCAAAAAUGAAACACAUUUUAAAAGAACUGUUUAAAUCUCUUUUAGUACCUCCUUUUACUUUUAAAUAAAGCAUCUUCAGGUCUUUUUCUGAGGAAUAUCAGUCUUGAAGUUAAGUAUCAUUUCUAAAAACAAAAAAACAAUACCUGGUCAUUAAGUCUCUAUGCAUUUGUUCUUCAUGGCUGUCCAACUAAUUCAAAUUUUUUAUGUAACUUAAUUAUGUGGCACUUUGUUUAAUCCGUUCAGUGACUUCUCUUGUAUUUCACAAAUCUCGUUUAUUUAUAUUAUUUCACUUAUAGAUAUCCAUGUUGACUAGUUUCAAGGCAAUUAAGCUUUUUAAAUAACCUUGCUCUGUAAUUUCUGUAUAUUUUCAAACAUAAUGCGGUCCUAUUUAUUUUGCCUUUAUUACGACAACUGUAUAAUGACCACACACACACACAAAGGGUGAAAUGAAACCUUGGCCUUAGGUUGCAUAUGAGAGUUUGAUAAAUGAUUUCAAUGAAAUUAUGAUUUAAAUCAGAAUCUUUACACAGUUCAACUCCACUGACCAUCAUGACUUAAGGCCACCAAAGCUAAAAUACACUCUUUUCAUGUGGGAUAAUUCAGAGUUUGCAAAGAGUGAUUUUUUUUAAUUCUAGCCAGGGAAUAUGGGGAGUUGCAGUCCAAAAACCUCUAGAAACAAUAUUUUUCUGUUUUCAGAACUGUUGGUGUACCAUGUCAGAAAGAUUGUUGAUAUUCUCAUUCACAAGUGUUUUAUUUUAAAGAGCUCCUGACUUGUUUCAGUCCAUGGAUUGUAGUUCCCAUCUCACAAGCCACAUAUAUUCUGCCCUUUGAAGUCAUGAAAAUGCCAAGAGUGUAUUUAAGCCUUUCUGGUCCUGAUCUUAUAAAUUAUAAAAUAAACUGGUAUCACUAAAACAUCACUAGAAGAUGAUUUGGGAAUACAAUCAGUCCUCCACAUUUGCAGGUUUAAUUUUUUUAGAUCCAGUUAUUAACAGAUUUGUUUUAAAUGUUUUCUCUGGAAACCUCCAGGUCCUCCACUGUGCUAGAAAUUGACCACAGAACCAUGCUAGAGGACCUAGUGAUUCCUAGAGAAAACACCAUUCCAGGAAUAAUUAGAUCUUCCAGUACAAUUCUGUGGUCAGCUUCUGGCAGAUGUUGACUGUAGAGAUAUAUCUAGAUAUUUCUAGGGAGGUGUUCUCUCAGGAAAAUAAUAAUAGUAAUUUUUAAUUCAUGUUCUUUCACUUUUGUGGGGUCCCUGUACCCCUAACCCCAGCAAACAUGGAGGCCUGACCAUAUAGAAAAGGAAAUGUAUGUGCUGAUAUGAGAACCACUAACAUAUAUUUUUGGAACUACAAAAAGAUGAGAAUGUUAAUUGUAGACCAUACACUGCAGAAUGAAAAGCCAUCAACUUACAGGAACUGUAGGACUAUAAAUACCUCUCCAAUGACUGCACUAUGCCCUCUUUCUAAAACUAAUAUUAGAACUGAAACUCAGAACUGUAGAACUGGGAAGGGAUCUCAAGUCAUCAAAUCGAACCUCCUAUCAAUGCAAGAAAGAAGCAUGUUAAGGUAAGCCAUGUAAACAAAUAGCACAACAUGGCAUGCAAACAACAGGACUAUACAUCUAGAUUAUGUUUUAAUGGUUUGUUUUUUUAUUCAAUUCUAAACAAACAAUUACACCAAGCAUUGCAUAACUUUUCCCUGUACUCUAUAUAUAUAUGUGGUUGAGAUAGUUCUACUGAAUCAGUUUGCCGUGUCCUUUCCAUUCAUCCAUUAUAUCUAUAUAGUUAUGCUGUCAGUCUUAGCUGGAGGCUGAUUGUAUUAAUGUUUCUGUUCCAAAGAAACAUGUUUGCACAGCUUUGGUGGUUCUCUUCCAGCAGAAAAUCACAAAAGGGAUUCACAAAUGUUCUUUAAACAAUCCUCCAAAAUGCACCCAAUCCCCAAAAGAUACUCCAGGAGAGUUUCAGUGAGACAUGAUGAAUCAAUCAUGCCAACCAUCCAGUGAAUGGAUUUCUAGAUACUGGCCAAUACAACAUCAUAGCACUCUGGUAGUGGGGGAUUUGCAAACUAUGAUACACAGGGAUAUAUGUGAUUCAUCUGAAAGGCCAUUGUUACAUUCAAAGGUUUGUUCAUUAAGAAAUCAAAGGCUACUGAGAGGUCAAGCAAAGUCAGUCUGAGAACAGCAAUUCUUCUGCCAACCCAAUCUGCCCUUGUUUUGGAAUCAAGAUCAAAUUCAACAAAACUUAAACUAGUUGUAACAAGAAAUGGGGUGCUGUUCUCUUCAGGUGGAGAUGCUUUUACAAUAAAUGAGAUCCUACUCAGGCCUACAUGAUAUUUUCUGCCCACUUGUUGAAUGUAAAUGGCUGCCAAAUUGAAUCCAUUCAUGGAGAAUCUCCUUCAUACCAAUGUCUGUUCAUUCAUGUCCUCUGCAAGGAGCAUGGAAGAGCAUUUCAUGAUACUGGCUGUUCUGUGAAAGGACCAUUUCUUUGUGCAUUUCCACUUAUUUAUCUUAACACUGUUCUAUUGUGCUCAUUUCACAAGGAGGUUCUUUGUCAUGACAGAGAUAAAGCCUUAGAUCCAAAGAUCCACAACUGCAAACUGAAAGUACUUUUGUUCAUCAGCUGUACAGGGUCUCACUACACAUUGCCCAUUACUCAAGACGAAUUUCCUUCUCAGAAAGGCCACAGAUAGCUGAAAAAUCAAGAGAUCAUCACACACACAUAUCUGGAGGAGGAAAGACCACUUCCUUGCAAACCUCAGGAAACAGAAGGCAAAUCUCCAGCCAAUCUCCAGUCCAAAACAUUAUUUAAAAUGUAACAAAAUUUAACACGAACAUCCUUUAAUGAAUUCAAACAAAGCAAUUUCUCUGUCAGUUCUGACAAUUUAAAAGAAAAACACUCCCAUCCUAUAUCACUGAGAGUAGGGCAGAGUUGUAGCAUUAUACUUCUAUAUAUAUUCUCAUGAAAUUAUGCAGAGCUUUACCCACACACAUAAUAUGCAAGUAAGCACCGGUCAUGCAGAUAACAUUAAAGCACUUAGGGAUCAAUUUUCCAUACAGAACAGAGCUCAGCACUUAGCCUAUUGCAGUGGGUUAAUUGUAAAUAACCAUGAAAUAUGUAUAAUUUCACCUUUAUAUUUUCUGUGUUAUCAUGUAUUUGUUUCAUAUCUACAGUAGGAUGAACUCAGUUUAAGUAACUUUAACUCUUCUUCUACUUCUCCUUCUUCUCCUUCUUCUUCUAUGUAUGCUACCAAUGCUGCUGGGGAAAAAGCACAACAGUAUUUAUUUUAAAAAAUUUUAUCUUGGCACAAUAGGUGUGUCUUGACUAUUGUUCAGUAUUAAUGGAAUGGCAGCAUUUCAUUGUAAACUGCUAUACUAACAACAUAUCCUCAUAUAUUUUUUUAAUGGAAAGAACAUACUUUCAGUAGAAAUACAUGCAUAUAUGAUAAGUCUCGUCUAAUCUCAUUCAUCUGCCUUUACAAAAUGCCCCAUCUAAAAUGGGAGAGUAUGCUGCUUUUGUUGUCUGUAUGAUUUGUCUUUUAAGAAUGGGGGAGGGCUAAACAUUACAGUGUUCUUGUAGGGCAUUUUGCAAUGGUAACAGCAUCAGACAUGCUUUGUUGCAUUACUGUAUUUACUAGAAAUGUGUUGGUUUCACCUUGUUUCUGUAGAGAACGCCACUUUUAAGUUUCCUGCCCUCUUCUGUCCAUUGUAUACCAUUAAUAGAAUUUCACAUGCAACAGUAUUCAUAUCAAUAUUUCCAUAUCAGCUGCAUUUUAAUACCAUGAAAAGGAAACGUGGUUAUUUAUUUUUGGUUAUGCUAGAUUUUGCUGAUCAGCUAACUAUUUCUGCACCAAUCAGCAUAUAAAUAUGCAUGUGGUAGUCUGUAUUGUACAGUUGUUCAACAUCAAAAUAUUUGUUUAUUUUCUGUCAAAUGUCUGUAAAAUUAAUGGCAUUGUUCUCCAUUUCAAUCUGCCAGAAUAAGCAGAAUAGUAAAUAAAUGUGUAAAUGAA